GGGGACAGGCUGACACAGAAAAUUAUUUUCUAAGGCGGAGUUCUGAACGCGCCGGGACGCUCGGAGAGGGCAGGGUGCAGGGGCGCGGAGGAUCGCGGAGUGCCGCCCCGCUCCCGCCCCUGCUGAGUCCGUCCCGUGCCGUGCCGUGCCGUCCCGUGCCGUGCCGUGCCCGCCGGACCCGAGCCCGCGCACGAGUCCGACCCCGCCCGGCCGCCGGUUCGCCUCUCCUCCGCUGCGCUCGCUGCCGCCACGGGGCUCGAAAGAUGGAGGGCUACGGGCGAUUCUUGGCGCUGCUGGCGUCUGCGCUGCUGGUCGGCUUCGUGUCGGUCAUCCUCUCCCUCGUCUGGGUCUUCCACUACCGCGAGGGGCUGAGCUGGGACGGCAGCUCGGCGGAAUUCAACUGGCACCCCGUCCUCAUCGUCACGGGCUUCGUCUUCAUCCAAGGCAUCGCUAUUAUUGUGUACAGAUUGCCCUGGACCUGGAAGUGCAGCAAACUCCUAAUGAAGUUCAUACAUGCUGGAUUAAAUACCAUAGCUAUGAUUCUUGCAAUUGUUGCUAUGGUAGCCGCGUUUGAUUAUCACAAUGCUCGGAACAUUCCUAACAUGUACAGUCUGCACAGCUGGAUUGGGCUGACUGCUGUUAUAUUUUAUGCUCUCCAGCUGUUCUGUGGUUUCGCUGUCUUUCUGCUCCCGUUUGCCCCAGCUCAUCUCCGUGCAGCUGUCAUGCCAAUACAUGCUUAUUCAGGUCUUACCAUCUUUGCAACAGUGAUUGCCACAGCUCUCAUGGGAAUCACAGAAAAACUUAUAUUUGGAUUGAGCAGUCCUGCAUACAGUGAAUCCCCACCAGAAGCAACUUUGGUCAACUGUCUUGGUCUUUUGCUUGUCAUAUUUGGUUCAAUUAUUUUGUGGAUGGCAAGCAGGCCCUACUGGAAGCGGCCCCCAGAAGAGAAUGCUAAAAUUCUGAGCCCCAUUGGAGCAAAUCCUGAAGGCACAGAAGUAGAAUCCACAAUGACAAACAGUAGUAACGCAGAUAAAGCUGAUCUGAGGAGCAAUACUGAAGAAGCCAGAAAACAAAACAUCAAAUUUGAUGAAGCAGGACAAAGAUCAACUAUGUAAAGAAAAUGCACAGAAUAAAAGUACUAUUAUACUUCCAA